CUUCACGUUGAGGAAGAGGGGUCAUAGAGAACCAUCUUUGGAGGAGUGCUACAUGGGUAAAACAUGGCUGCUGUGAAUUCGUCAGAGAGACGCCAGGGCGACCCCAACGAUGAGCUGGGGGACCCGGGGGGUGCAGCACAGAAAUGCGAAACAUCUGACUAUAAAUCGAGAGACCUCGAUAACACUUUUGCUGUUGAAUUAGACAGAAUUCCCAAGGACUCAAAUGAAAAUAGAGAAUCUAGUAUUGUUACCGAUGGGCUUGCUAGCCAGACUGAAAGUAGCAUUGCGCUUCGAGCUAAUGAUAGAUCAGAGAUAUGUAAUGAGUUGGUAUAUUUAACAUCUUCUGAAGAAAAGACCCACAACACCGACGUUUCCUUCAACAAGCAGCGGCAUUUCGAUUGGUCUGAGACGGAGGACGAGGAAGACUGCACGGAUGCAAAAGAGAAUGGAAACGACGUUCGUAAUGGUAAGAUGGGGAUGACUCAUGAGGUGCAGCAGGAUAAGAUUACUGAAGAUAUCUCAGAUGCAGAGGAUGUGGAAAAGGAAAAAUCACAUUCUGACGAGGAGAUGGAUAUAUCAAAAGACACAGGUGAAGAACAAGAUUGUAAUGGAGGAAAGGGGGCGGAGGAGGAGGAAGAGGAAGAAGAAGAAGAAGAGGAAGAAGGAGGAGAACAGGACCAAACAGUGAAACGGAGGCAAUGUAGUUUGGAGUGCAAAGACUGUGGGAAGAGGUUCACCCGUCGGGAGACAUUCAACCUCCAUCGCCACUUUCACGCUCACCAGGAUGAACUGGCCUCACUCACCUGUAAGGAGUGUGGCCUUACCUUCCACCACCGCAGCAGCCUCAUCAAGCACCGCAGUGAGCACCAACAGAAGGUUGAAGAGCCUGUGGAGCGGAAGAGGAGAAGGAGCCCACAGGGAGCCCACAGGGAGUCCACAGGGAGCCCACAGGGCGUCCACAGGGAGGAGAGGCCUGGCUUCCAGUGUGACCACUGUGAAGAGACUUUCCCAUCACUGAGCAAACUGAGGCUCCACACCUGCGACUGUGCCCCGGAUAAGGCGUACCGCUGCCCCCUGUGCCGCAAAGAGUUCCGCAUGAAGAUCUCCAUCACCAGCCACAUGCAGACCCACUCCCUGAGCUCCCACCCCUUCCGCUGCCAGGAGUGCCACAAGAGCUUCUCUGACAUAUUUUCCCUGCGUGACCACCAGGGCUCCCAUGCCUCCCUCAAGCCCUACGCGUGCCCCGAGUGUGGCAUGGUGUUCAGGCACCGCUCUGUCAUGGAGGACCACCGUCGUAAGCACAAAGAGGACACACAAGGCCCCCACCGGUGCAACAUCUGUGGGAAGCACUUCAAGUAUUCCAGCCUCCUGCAACAGCACCAAUACCUUCACACAGGCCAGAAACCCUUCCGCUGCCCAGACUGUGGCAAAACGUUUGCCUUAGCCCAGAACAUGAAGGCGCACUGCCGCCAGCAUAGACGGCACCCUCACGCCUGCUCUCUUUGCCCCCUCACUUUCCCCGACCAGGGCAGUCUACAGGCUCACGUGUCAUGCCACGAGACAGUCGGGGGACUAGACAAGGAGAACACAAACCACGGGUUGGAGCCAAAACGUAUAUUCAACUGUCCCCUCUGUCCUCAGAACUUUCCUUCACCAGCUGACCUGAGGGCUCACAUGCUGAUCCAUGAAGCGGAGCAUGAGAGGAUGGAGAACGGGGCGUGUAAAGACUGGGAAACAGACCGUUACACCUGUCCACACUGUCCUGCCACCUACUCUGACCAGUCUAAUAUGAUGGCCCACCUGACAACUCACACGUCUGCCCGGGUCAGGGUAGAGAGGCAGGGUAAUGGACUUGAAGUAGGGAGAUCUGCUCCACUUAACACUGCCAACGUCCCAGGGAGGUGGCAUAGGGAGGAGAUGAGUAGUAAGCCUUUAAAGUGUCCAGACUGUGGCAAGUCGUUCCGUCACCGCUCUGUGUUAACGUUGCACAUGCGUAUUCAUUCCAAGGACAAGCCUUACCAGUGCAGGGUGUGCAACAAGUCCUUCAGAUUCAACAGCUAUCUGCAGCAGCACAUGAUCAUUCACACCGGGGAGAAACCAUACAAGUGCCCAGACUGCAGCAAGGACUUUGCUUUCCUGCAGAACAUGAGAACCCAUCAGAGGCUGCACACACAGAAACCGUUCCGCUGCACAAAGUGCCGUAAGGGAUACAGCGACGAGAAUCAGCUUCAGCGCCAUUUGCUGUCACACAACGGCGAAAAGCCCCACAAGUGCCACCUCUGCGAAAAGAGCUUUGGGCUGGCCUACCUGCUGCGGGACCAUCUGAACACCCACACAGGCGAGCGGCCCCAUCGCUGUCAGGAGUGCCACAAGACGUUCCCCUGGCUCGGCAGCCUGCUGGUGCAUCAGAAAAUCCACGCUCGAAAGCGCCAGGGGUCGAGUCAGCCUUACUCUUUUCCAAUGGCCAUGAGGAUAAGAGGCAAGGGUAGCAGGGGCCGGAGCGGAGGCAGGCUGGCAUCAGGCUGGCCCAGGUUGGGUGGAAUGGGGCGAUCGGGUAUGGACACGCCCCAACAAACACCUCCAUAUCAAGUCCCAAUGUCAAGGAGUCCUGAGUGGCAGAGGAGGCCGGCCCAGCCACAGCCACCCAUGUUUUCAUCCCAGAUGGAUAUGCAGCAGCCAGGGGAGACGUCUGCGAGAAGGCCUCCACCAGUCCACCAACAGUGGCGGGUGGAAGGUGGAGAACUGAGGCCUGUCCCACAGCCUAACCAGUCUCAACCGUCUCAGGAUCCUGAAAGACAACCAGCGCCUGUCCAACAGCAGCCAUCUCCACAAAUACAGCCUCAGCAGGUACCACAGUCUCCACUGAUACAACAACAAGUACAGUUACAGCUACAGCUACAGCCACAUCUACAUCCGCAGCUGCGCCAACAGCAGGUUCAGCAUCAUCUACAGUCUCCGCUGAUCCAACAGCAAUUACAGUGGCAGCAACCAGGUGUACAGCUCCAGCCCCAGCUAGUACCACAACAGCAGUGGCAGCCUGCCAGACACUUGCUCCAGCAAAAGCUGCCCUGGUUACCAGAUGCUCAGCCCCGGCCCGCCCCACCACAGCAACCCCAGCAGUGGCACUCAGAUGGCCUGCCACGGCCACCCCCACAACAACAGCAGAGGAAUUCAGGCAGGGCAGAGGCACCUACAACGUCACAGCCUGGUCUUAGUGCAUCUCAGAGCCUAGAAACCCCUCCUCCGGGAGAAAGUGGAGGGACCAUGCCCUUAGGUAACAAAACACCACCAGUGGCCGGGCCACAGAAUCCCAGCCCAUUAGCUGUGAGUGAGCAGGAGCAACACAGGCAACAGCCGAAGCCCAUGAGCUGGGGUAACACACCCACUACACCACCAGUCCCCACACUGAGCUCUGUUCAGCUUGACUUCCCUGGGUCCCCCAUUUACAUGGAUGGGGCUGCUUUGUGGGGUGGGCUGAGGACCUCUCCAGCAGUGCCACCAUCCCAGAGCACAUUAAACAAGCUGGGCCAAGAGCUUAAUCUACCAAGAUGGUCGAGUGUCUCAGUGCCAAUGCAAAAAGCUGUUAAUGAAUCACCCACACCUCCUAGAAAAGAGGACACUAGAGUUUGGGACUUUAAUGCACCUCUGGUAAUGUCCCCAACUGUUAGUUCAUCAGAGAAAGCUGGGAGUGGGCGUGAGCAGCAGAAACAGUGGUCUCCAGCUCUACUCAGUACAUCCUCCUCAGCUCAGAUGGGCCACAGCUCUGUCAUGUCAAUUCCAAGCGCUCCAACUCAUGGGAUUGGAGGUAGUCCCUGGGAUUUCAAAGGAUCCCCCUCAAACAAAUCAGGCCUUAGCCAGGAGUUAGAGCAGCAGCAGCAAAAACAUUUAUCCUCCAGCUGGACCAAUGUACCCACAUCCACUCAGAAUGUUCCCAUCUCCAUUCAAUAUGACCCACAACGUUUCACUCAUGGGGUGGGACCCACUGUGUGGGGUUUCCAAACCACUCCAUCUGGCCCGCAGCAGCAGCCAAUUGUAACAGGCACUCAAAUCAUCAUAAAUCAGACCUCUCCUUUCUUCUCUCCUCUCCCUCCGCUCCCUCCUCUUAGUUUGCCUGGCUCACACCCUCUUCACUCUGUAGCAGUCGGCUCUCUACCAAGGCCUCCACACCCAAACAUUUUCUUCACGCCACAGGCUGUCAUGAGUGAGAGGCCACACAUGACACAGACCCUGUCGCUACCUCAGCUCGCCCCACGGCCUGUUCCUCACAAACUGGGCCGUUUGCCUUACGCCCCAGACCGCCUUCUCCAGUGCAUGAUCUGUGGCUGCUCUCUACCCCGGGAGUUAGACUUGCAAAUGCACUACAUGCAGCAUGCACAGGGAGAGAUUUGACACUGGCAAAGAGUGUGUCUACUACUCUGUUUUUCCAAAUGUUUUUAAUGUACAUUUAUUUUAUAACUAUAGCAAUUUAGCUGUGUUUUGUGUCCUUUUUGGACAUUGUCCAUGUUGUUGAUCUCUCACUCUAUAAGAAAGGGUCAGAGACUCUCAAAAAGUGUAUAGUUUGUUAACUGACAACUGUGCUUGAUGCGAACCAGGGACCCUCUGCACACAUCAACAACAGUCACCCACGAAGCAUCGUUACCCAUCGCUCCACAAAAGCCGCGGCCCUUGCAGAGCAAGGGGAACCACUACUUCAAGGUCUCAGAGCAAGUGACGUCACCGAUUGAAACACAACCGCUAACUAAGCUUGCGUUUCACAUCCCUUACACUUGAUAAAGUUUUCUGAGUUCACAGCUUUGCCUUGAACUUCAAAUAACUUAGAAAUAUGACUGUGUAAUGGAUUUCUUGGCCAGUAUCAUCAUAUUUACUCUGUUGUAAACAUAAACUGGGUAAAUCCAUGCUAUUAGGUACACCACCCCGUUCACAAAAAUAUUUUGCACCUAUAGACAGUGAGUCACCUGGCCGUGGCUUGCUAUAUACAGUGGGGCAAAAAAGUAUUUAGUCAGCCAACAAUUGUGCAAGUUCUCCCACUUAAAAAAUAUGAGGCCUGUAAUUUUCAUCAUAGGUACACUAAAACUAUGACAGACAAAAUGAGAAAAAAAAUCCAGAAAAUCACAUUGUAGGAUUUUUUAUUAAUUUAUUUGCAAAUUAUGGUGGAAAAUAAGUAUUUGGUCACCUACAAACAAGCAAGAUUUCUGGCUCUCACAGACCUGUAACUUCUUCUUUAAGAGGCUCCUCUGUCCUCCACUUGUUGCCUGUAUUAAUGGCACCUGUUUGAACUUGUUAUCAGUAUAAAAGACACCUGUCCACAACCUCAAACAGUCACACUCCAAACUCCACUAUGGCCAAGACCAAAGAGCUGUCAAAGGACACCAGAAACAAAAUUGUAGACCUGCACCAGGCUGGGAAGACUGAAUCUGCAAUAGGUAAGCAGCUUGGUUUGAAGAAAUCGUCUGUGGGAGCAAUUAUUAGGAAAUGGAAGACAUACAAGACCACUGAUAAUCUCCCUUGAUCUGGGGCUCCACGCAAGAUCUCACCCCGUGGGGUCAAAAUAAUCACAAGAGCGGUGAGCAAAAAUCCCAGAACCACACGGGGGGACCUAGUGAAUGACCUGCAGAGAGCUGGGACCAAAGUAACAAAGCCUACCAUCAGUAACACACUACGCCGCCAGGGACUCAAAUCCUGCAGUGCCAGACGUGUCCCCCUGCUUAAGCCAUUACAUGUCCAGGCCCGUCUGAAGUUUGCUAGAGAGCAUUUGGAUGAUCCAGAAGAAGAUUGGGAGAAUGUCAUAUGGUCAGAUGAAACCAAAAUAACUUUUUUUGUAAAAACUCAACUCGUCGUGUUAAGAGGACAAAGAAUGCUGAGUUGCAUCCAAAGAACACCAUACCUACUGUGAUGCAUGGGGGUGGAAACAUCAUGCUUUGGGGCUGUUUUUCUGCAAAGGGACCAGGACGACUGAUCUGUGUAAAGGAUCCAUCAGCAAGGGCAUUGAAGAUUAAACGUGGCUGGGUCUUUCAGCAUGACGAUGAUCCCAAACACACCGGCCGGGCAAUGAAGAAGUGGCUUCGUAAGAAGCCUGUCAAGGUCCUGGAGUGGCCUAGCCAGUCUCCAGAUCUCAAACCCAUAGAAAAUCUUUGGAGGGAGUUGAACGUCUGUGUUGCCCAGCAACAGCCCCAAAACAUCACUCCUCUAGAGGAGAUCUGCAUGGAGGAAUGUGCCAAAAUACCAUUAACAGUGUGUGAAAACCUUGUGAAGACUUACAGAAAACAUUUGACCUCUGUCAUUGCCAAAAAAGGGUAUAUAACAAAGUAUUGAGAAACUUUUUAUUGACCAAAUACAUAUUUUCCACAAUUUGCAAAUAAAUUCAUAAAAAAUCCUACGAUGUGAUUUUCUGGAAUUUUUCUCAUUUUGUCUGUCAUAGUUGAAGUGUACCUAUAAUGAAAAUUACAGGCCUUUCAUCUUUUUAAGUGGGAGAACUUGCACAAUUGGUGGCAGACGAAAUACUUUUUUCCCCCACUGUAAAGCAGGCAUCGGGGCAUUCAGUUACUAUUGAAAUGAAUGUUAGAAUGGGCAAAACAAGUGACCUAAGAGACUGAGUGGUAUGAUCGUUGGUGUACAGUAUCUCAGAAAUGGCAGGCUUCCUGGAUUUUUCAGAGAUGAGUGUCUAGGGUUUACUGAGAAUGGUGUGAAAAACAAAAAACAGUCAGCAGUACUAGAUGGGUGUACUUUAAACUGGCCGCUGAGUGUGUAUGUCAAUUUAUGGAUCUUUGUUAGUUUUUCUGUGUACACUGUCUUCGUUACACCAUUUAAAUGUAUUCAUCAAACAAGUGGAUUUCACCUGUGUUGCACUGUAUAUUUGUGCCUUUUAUUGUUUCAAAACACUGCAUGUUCUUUCUGCUCUCUCUUAAUGUUGUAGUGGGUGUCAUUCAAAUUGUCAGGUCUGAAUAAUGAGUCAUUUGUAUGAGUCAUUUCUUAUUCUGUCUUCAUUUGGGUGAACGUAUAUUUUGUUUUGGUGCUAGAGUUAUGAAAUUAGGGUUAUUGGGUGGAGCACACGUUUUAUCCAAACAGUGUGGCAUGGGUUAGUAUACAAAUUAAUGUAUUGUUUUAAAAUGAAUAACUAAUAACUCACUUUACCUGUUGGGUUUGUGAUACUGUAUACGCUUGUUUACACUGAGCUGCACUGGGAUCGGAAAGCAAUCGUGGUUAUUUUAAGACACCGUGGAGCAGACGCGAGAUAUUCGUCGGGAAAACGUACCUCUAUGCAAGGAUGGGAUAGGCCACUACUCCAAAUGUUACCUUUAUCCACAUUGUACAUAUCUUGCGCCGGCUCCACGGUGUCUUAAUGUAACCAUGCUUGUGUUCAGACUCCAGUGCUGCUCAGUGUAAAUCAACUUAAUGGUAGGGUCGUUAUCUCUGGCAAGACAUAAUGUAACAUAUUUGACGUUUUACUACAUCUGUGCAUUAGCAAUAGUUUUAAAUAUGUAAAUACCUGGUAAUAAAAAUCAUUGAAAAAAAAAUGUAAUAUUGUCG